AUGGUUGUACUAUUGAGGAACUGGAAGCCAGUGGUCUCAUUUUAUCUUGAGCAAUCUCCAGAGGAUGAUAAGUUUAUUCCAAGAAUUCCAUUAAUUCUCAUUGUUAUAUUAGUUGAAUAUUUUAAUUUGCAGAUUUCUUUUGAUGAAGUUCUCUUAAACCCAUUUUUCUUGAUAAAUCAAGAUAAUUUUCCAGAGUUUAUUCUUCAUACAAUCAAUACAAUUGAGUACCAUGAACAACCACCUUUGAUUCCAAAAAAUGAUUCUAAAGAAUUUAUCAGGCCUGAAUUGAACAGAAGAUGUGUUGAGGUGAUUUGUUCCAAAGAUACUGAUAUAAGGGGAUACCAAGAAAUUGAUGCCACGACAGGUAGAUAUAUUAUCAAAAUUCGCAGAAGAUGUCACUCUGCAGAUGCAAUAUUAUCACAUGCUGAUGAACAGUACAAAUAUAGUGAAGCAUUGGAGUCUGGAUAUCUGGUUCAUGAAGAUGGAUUAGGAGAAAUUGAUGCCAAUGAUGUGAAAAAAGAGGAAGUAAAGACACAUGCUACUGGAGCAGAACGACUUGUAAUAGUCACACCAAAAAGGUUCGAAGAAGGAGAUGAGCAACUUAUUCCAAGAAAUUGUGCAAUCGUAUCUGGAAAUGAUUUUGUCAAUUUAUUAUUAUUUAUGCAGAUCUUUUCUAAUAAAUAUCCCCGAAUUUCAGAACAUAUUGAUCAAGCAAAUAAUAUUUUAAAUAUUUUGAUUUUGAUAUAUUUUUUCGCUAAAGCAUCUGUCACUUUGAUUUUAGUUUUGCAAAUUGAUGAAUUUCAAACUGGAAAUUAUUGGACAAUCACAUUAUUUCGUGUCAUAAGUAAUAUAGUAGUUCUAGCAAAAUUCAAAACUUUAAUCAUUCCAAUAUGUACUGGUACUGCACCAUCUAAAAUUACAAAUCUGGAUAACAGCCAAUUUAAUAAAUCUCCAUUUAUCACCUAUGAAUUUAUGAGUCUAUUCAAUGAGUUUACCACUUAUUAUCAUGGGAACAGUGACAUUUUACCAGAGAAGAAUAACAGAAUUUAUCGUUGUGUUGUAAACUCUAUAAAAGGAAUUCCAGUUGUCAUUGAAACUGCAGUUAAAACAUUUUUAGAUAUGAUUGAAGGAAUAAGAAUAUUUCAAACCUAUGAUAUGGCAAAAAAUUUGGGGAAAAUUUAA